AUGGCGUCCAGGGCCUUCAGACGAUGGACCGUCUUGAAGACUACGCGAUCCGUUGAACACGGGGAUAGCGAUAAGCGUGGUCUCGGGCGCAGUGUGCAUGUGGUUGAGCUUCGGGAAGAAUCGACGGGCUUUGAGUGGGUUCGAGAUGCGUGCGUGUUGCCGUUCUUGACGCGCGGACAUCGCCCACAUUCUGCAUCAUGGGAGAGGGACGACCUCGCCAUUGGAUACGACGAGCAGGCCGGUCAGAGCGAGCAUCACUCGUUCCCACCAUAUCCCCCCCCACCUCCUCUCCUCCACCUUCUCGCUUCUCUAAGCAACCCCCUUGUUCACCCCUCCCACUCUCCAAAGCCCGGUCAAACGCUGGACUCCGACACGUCCGCCGCCUUCCCGCCCUCGCAGUUGCACGGUCCGCACGUUGUCCCGGCGACUCGAUUUCAGGACCGGCACGUCAUCCCGCCCAUCGCGCCUCAUCGGCCUUCGCUACUUACCGGUACGUGCACACCACCGCUCUCACUCCACGCUCACCUACUGACCAUCCUCAUCUUACACCCCGUGCGGGUGUCCUCGAGCGCACGCGGAUACUGCCCGCUCUUGCAAGUCAUGUCCGACCCGACCAUCCCGUGGCACUCACCUGCCCGAUCCACUCCCUCGUGA